ACCAACACGCUCACCGUCGUCCCGGCAACGAUCCAUUGCUUCCAUCUUGGCCACGUCCCGUUACGCAGGGCCAUCCCAAGAAUCGUCUCCUACGUUCUACCCCGUAUCGACGGCAUCCACGACACAAUCUGGCGGCUCUGCAACGACCUGCUCCACCGCUUCUCCUCCCAAGUCGCAGCGCAGAUGAUGGAUGGAUCGGCGAUCGAGCUGGUCGUCCACAUCGGCCUGCUACUCCAACCUCGUGGAUCAAAUCAGGACAUGGAACUCAUGACUGAGUGGAUGCUGGAGAAUCCUUCGGAGGAUGACGAGGAGAUGGCUGGGGAUGUGUAUACUUAUUAUCUUUACGAGGGUGUUGAUGUCGGGCAUGGAGGAUUUCGUGGUGUGCCAGGGAGCAGGUCUUUCAUUGAGGGGCUGCAGCGUUUGCCAUAUGGUCGAGGAGACGGUGUUCGAGAGGAGGAGUGUGCGAUAUGCUUGAUGGAGUUUGAUGCUCAGGCGGAGGUGAGUAAGAUGCCCUGCUCCCACGCCUUCCACAGCCGAUGCAUCGUCCAGUGGCUGGAGAGGAGCAGCCUCUGCCCUCUCUGCAGAUCCCAAGCGCCCACGGAUAAUUCCAGUUGA